AUGAGAGUGCCGUUCACAGUGUAUGUUGACUUUGAAUCUUUCAUCAAACCCGUAGAUACGUGUGAACCGUGUCCGGGAAAGAGCUACACGAAGAAAUACCAGAAACACACCCCAUCGAGCUUUUGUUACAACAUCAAAUGCUUUGAUGAUGGUGUCUUCUCUAAAGAUCCGGUUACCUACACCGCGAAAACUGACGACGAAGAUGUCUCCCAAAUAUUCGUAGAAAUGUUGGAGAAAGACAUCAAAGAAAUUGGCAAAAUCCCUGCGAAACUAAUGAUUUUUGGGGAAAAUGACCGCAAACAAUUCCAAAAGACGACAAAGUGCUGGAUCUGCGAAGGUGAGUUCGGUAAGGAUGACAAGAAGGUGAGAGAUCACUGUCACGCUACUGGGAAAUACCGAGGUGCAGCUCACAAUAGUUGUACCUUGCAGUACAAGAAGCCGAAGUUCACUCCCGUGGUGUUCCACAAUCUGAGCGGCUAUGACAGUCAUCUGUUCGUCAAGAACCUCGGUAAAACUGAGGGGAACAUCAACUGCAUCCCGAACAACGAGGAAAAGUACAUCAGCUUCACCAAGGAGGUUGUUGUCGGUUCUUAUACUAGCAAGGACGGGAAAGAGAAGGAUGUUAAGCACCAGCUCAGAUUCAUCGACAGCUUCAAGUUCAUGGCCUCUAGCCUGGAUAAGCUGUCCGGUAAUCUGGAUCAGGACUGCUUCACUAACACUUCGAAGUACUAUAACGGAAAACAUCUAGACUUACUAAUGAGAAAGGGUGUCUACCCAUAUGAACUCAAAAGACUAGAUGAAACAGCCCUUCCACGAAAAGUAGCGUUCUACUCCAGACUCAUUGGAGAAGGGAUUAGUGACGAUGCACAAACUGUGUGGAAAGAGUUUGGCAUGAAGUCACUCAGGGACUACCACGAACUGUACAACCAGUCGGACGUGUUGCUCUUGGCAGAUGUCUUUGAGAACUUUAGAGACGUCUGCAUCAAGAACUACGAUCUUGACCCUGCCUGGUAUUAUACAGCGCCUGGACUAGCAUGGGACGCUGCCUUGAAAAUCACCGAAGUGAAGUUGGAGCUGUUAUCAGAUCCAGACAUGUUGCUCAUGGUGGAGAAAGGUAUCAGAGGCGGGAUAUCGAUGAUCAGCAACAGAUAUGGCAAAGCAAACAACCCAUACAUGGGUGAAACAUUCAACCCCCAUGAUCCUGCGAAGUAUAUUGCCUAUUUGGAUGCCAACAAUCUCUAUGGUUGGGCCAUGAGCAAACCGCUCCCUACACACGGAUUCGGGUGGAUGACAGACAGUGAACUGGACUCUUGGAAGAACCACAGCUGUAUACUGGAGGUUGACCUUGAAUAUCCAAAGGAUCUGCAUGAUCUCCACAAUGACUAUCCGCUCGCUCCAGAAAGUCUCAAAGUCCAUAAUGUGGAAAAGCUUAUUCCCAAUCUCAAUGACAAAACUAACUAUGUCAUUCACUACGAGAACCUCAAACUAUACGAGGGCUUGGAAAUGAAGAUUACAAAGAUCCACAGGGGCAUCAGGUUCGAGGAAAGUGCAUGGUUGAAGCAAUACAUCGACCUGAACACCAAUCUCCGAGCAGAGGCAAACAAUGAGUUUGAAAAGGACUUUUUCAAGGUCAUGAACAACUCUGUUUUCGGAAAGACUAUGGAGAACAUUAGGAGCCGAGUGGAUAUCUGA